CUAUCUCUUCUUUAACACCAUCUUCCAUUCUUACUACACACAUACCAACCUUUCGUCACUACCUACCCAACAGCGUGGCCUAGUGCAAUAGGCUCCCAGCACCUCCAUCACUUAACGUGACGAAGUCGUCCGUCACCCCCACUUGCUUGACCUCGCCUACCACUGUCAACCACCAUCGUGCAAAGGACAAAGCACAACAACAAAUCACCAAUAAUGUCUGACGAGAACGCGAACGGUACACCCGGCGAGCAGGCCCCUGCCAACUCGGAACACCUCAACAUUAAGGUGACGGAUAACAACAACGAAGUCUUUUUCAAGAUUAAGCGCACCACCAAACUUGAGAAGCUGAUGGGCGCCUUUUGCGAACGUCAGGGCAAGGCAACUAGUUCCGUCCGAUUUCUCUUUGACGGAACGCGAGUUCAGCCCACGGACACACCAGAUGCGCUCGAGAUGCAAGACGGCGAUACUCUUGAGGUGCACCAGGAACAGGUUGGAGGAUCUUCACUGUAAAGAGGAGAGGAAGUUCGGCGAGGGAUGCAUCACAAGAGGAGCACAUCAGAUGGCAAAUUAGCCACACGACCUGGUCUUUGAAACUAGAUCCCGACCGUCACAGGUUGGAUUUAUUGGCUUUUCGCACCUCUGAUGACAGCGAGAUUGAAGCCAGCUCGACAACUUAUUUACGACUGGGGUAAUACAACCUGACUAUUUACGC